AUGAAGCUUCUAAAACAGUUCAUGACAAAGACUCUUCGUCGCAGGUCCUCUUCUCCCGGUACUUCAGCAGCUGUGAGUAGCAGUGGCAGUAGCAACGAGCUGUCUUCGCCUUGUCGCAAGAGGAGGGCUACCUUGGGUAUUAUCAGAAAGAAGAGCAGCAUGGGUACCUGUUCUACUAAUGACGAAACAAGUCAUCACUCCCUGACAUCCGUGGGGAGCACUUCCGAGGCAGCAUGGCGUGUAGAACAAAUUCGCGAUGCUCCUCCGGCCGAGACUGACUGGUGGAAGAACCAAGACGAGUUAACAAACACUGAAGAUGACACCACCUGGCCAUUAAACAGUAGUGGAGCCUCGGGUGAGAGCGUGGACGAAAGCAUUGAAAAGAAAGCCUUUGAUGGUGACAGCAGCAGCGGUACCAGUAGCUCCACAAAGGUGUUUCACAACUGCGGUUUCGAAACCUGGGAAGCGGCAAGGGCUGCUUGGACUGCUAAACCAGCUGACGAUGCCGCCAGCAGAAGUGCCUCAGUCACCAAGCAGCAACCUGUCAACCGAAAGGAGCUCGGAAAGAUGUUGUCUAAAGCAAGCUCUCUGAGGACGUAUGAACUGCCACGCAAGAUGCCUUUGAAAAAUUUGGUCGAGUCGUAUGUGGUGGUCUGGAAUGGAGAUGAUAUGUAG